CUCUCUUCCACCUCUCUCUUUCACACGCACACUCUUCGAAGGCUUCGAAGUGCAACAACUUCUGACCGUUUUCGACCACACUCAUUAAAUGGUCGAGGAGCUGCCUACUGCUUCUACCAUUCAUCCAGUCUUCUUUAGGUUUUAGGUACAGUGAAGUCAGUAUUACCAACGGACAUGGCUGAUGGAGAAGACACAGCUACUUUGGCAGCUGGGCCACAACCAGGUGUCAAGUACCCUUUAAGUGUGCUGUACUGUGGUAACUGUUCAAUGCCCAUAGAGUACUGUGAAUAUUAUCCUGAAUAUGAAAAGUGUAAGCACUGGUUGGAAAAGAAUCUUCCUGCAGAAUUUGAGAAGAUGGUAAAGCUCGGUGAAGGAGAUGAUGGGGCUGAUGGAGGGGGCAAUGAUGAUGACAAGAAGAGGCAGAAGCGCGGUGGCAAAGGAAUGAUGAAGGCCAAGAAAAAAGAUGACACACCUAAACAAGUAACCAUAUCUAGAGCUCCCAGAGGCAAGAAGAAAUCUGUCACAGUUGUUACUGGUCUCAGCACUUUUGACAUUGAUUUGAAGGUUGCAGCAAAAUGUUUUGGAACAAAGUUUGCUUGUGGUUCAUCUGUAACGGGUGAUGACGAAAUUGUUAUACAGGGAGAUGUUAAGGAUGAUUUAUUUGAUUUUAUUCCUGAAAAGUGGCCAGAGAUUGAUGAAGAUUUUAUUGAAGAUCUAGGAGACCUGAAGCGAUAACACACUAGUGUAAUGUGUUGAACCAUCAUAUGGCUAUUGGGAUAAUUCACCACUUUUCAAAAUAUAAUUUAUUUUAGUAA